GAAGCGGCAACGUGAAUGAGACCGGAAGAGGCUUUGGCGCCACUUCCGGAUUACGGGCCUCCUCCCCUUCGUUCCCGGAAGUGGAGAGGGGCGGCGUUGCCAUGGCGGCGACCCUGGGUGGGCAGGAGGGUCCCGCUCCCACUCUGCCUCUCCCCCGGCUUCACGACUCUUACCCGGAGUUCAUUUCCUACUCCAACUCCGCCACCUAACCCCGACCCCGACUACAACCCCCAACGUGGGCUCCUGGAUCUGUCUCCCCGGCCUCUCGGGGUGCUGGCUCUGGUGCUGGUGGCCGCUCUGUGGGGUGGCACACAGCCGCUGCUGAAGCGGGCCUCCUCCCGCCUGCAGCAGGUUCACGAGCGGACCUGGGCCCGGCAGUUGCUGCAGGAGAUGAAGACCCUCUUCUUGAAUACUGAGUACCUGAUGCCCUUUUUCCUCAACCAGUGUGGCUCCCUUCUCUACUACCUCACCUUAGCAUCAACAGAUCUGACUCUAGCUGUGCCCAUCAGUAACUCUCUGGCCAUCGUCUUUACACUGAUUGUUGGGAAGGUCCUUGGAGAAGAUAUUGGUGGAAAACGAGCAUUCACAGGUAUGGUGCUCACCGUGGCAGGAAUUUCACUCUGCAUCACAAGCUCAGUGAACAAGACCCAGGGGCACCCAUCUACGCUUUGAGUGGGCCAUCACCACCCUCCAGCCCUGCUGUCUCCAGGAAGCCCCAAGGCCAGGAGGUAGAGGCAGUGAGCAUGUGGACUUAACCCUUCCCUCCCCUCCCCACCAGCCUCUGGGCCACAGCUUCCUCAUCUCUGGGAAGAUAGCUACCUCAUGGCUCACUGUAAGCGAACAAGAGUGAAAGGGUUUGGUAACUUUCAAGUGCUAUUCAGCUGCUUGGAUUUAGCACCAGAGACUUCACACUCACCCUCAGCAACCUUUCUUCCCCAGCAGCAGUCUGCCUGCUGUCAUGUCAGGUCCCCAGCCCUGCCUGUGUGACUGUGGCCUAAUCUGGACUAUCCCAGUGGCAUGGUUGAUGGCCUAUACAACCCCAGCAGGGAGAGGGCCAGCUGUCUUUGAGCCAGAAAUGCAAACCGGAAGUCUCCAGGGCUCAGCCUUGACUGGCUGAGGAGGGAACUGAGGGGAGGUUGCCUAAGAAUGGCAGAUGUAGGGGAGAUGAGCUGGCUGACCCUCCCGAAGGGUGGUUGGAAAUUCUCUGCUGCCUGCUGCCCUCAAACAGAUAAGAUACCUGUGGGCCCUGCAUGGCUGACUUCAGCAUGUGGAGCAAUGCCUGGCGAGCAGUAGUCUGUAAUAAAUCUGUGGUAAACAGAUGGA